AUGCAUUUAUUUUACCUUGCAGUGCUGGGCCUCAUGGCAAUAUCAUCACUCGCGGCUCCCAAGAAAGCUGCUCAGGAGGGCAUCAAUGUUUUCGAUGCCAUGGCCAAGUUGAAAUCAGGACCUCAUGUAUAUGUCCACAUCGCGGACAACGGACUUAAGCAGCUGCUCGCGAACCUUCUAGAGCCAUGGAAGAAGGAAGCGGAUCAUUUACACGCUGUAUUUGAUGAUAUUGACGGAUGUCAAGUUACAGAUAAGAAAAAGUUACUUGACCCUCCUGCUGAGCUUCGAAAUCCCAUGCCUCAUCAGGCACCUCAGUCUAAGAGCGCUCCCGACCCUCUUCAACAGAAAAAAGACGACGAGCCAUCGCCCUUUCCACUCCUCAGACACUCACCAUCAAACAAAGGCUUCACCCACCUUGCUACUGAUGGAGUAAUCCGCAGUUUUAGCUCAAGUGGCGAGGUAAUAGAUUAUAAGCAAUCAAGCCCGGCAGAAAUUAUAAAGAUGCUGGAAUUCUUUGGAAAAUAUAUGGACCCAGAGGCUUUUGAGGAGGUUAGGAAGAAAUUUAAGGGUGUGGACGGCAGAAAUGUGACUGAUUUGGAGCAACUACUUCAUCCAGAACCAGGAAUUUGUCCAGCGGAAUUCAACAAGUAA